UUGACAGGAAGCCACUUGCAGCAACAACAGAGGAGAGUUGCUUCGCACUCUCUUCCCUUCUGAGGAGACUGUCUGUGGCAAUGCGUUAACUUUUGUCUUGUUCUAAGACCUGAUAUGAUCAACUGACUUGUCAAUUUGCAAAGAUGGAGCAAAGUCUUUCUGAUCUACUUAGUGAUGCACUAUCAGAUGAUGUCGUUGCAGAGACGUCUGUUCCAUCUUUCCUCGACGGAGAUUUAGACUUUGGCAAUUUCAAUUUUGAUGAAAAGUUUGAGGAAGACGAGAAAGGCGCCUCUGAUGAAGACGGGGCUCGGCACCAGGAAGGAACUGGUGAAACUGCACUUAUGUCUAACAUGGAAACUAAAGAUAUACACAAGAGUGACAGUGUUGAUAAAGGGCAGAGUGAUGAUAAUAAUGAGAAAGAGGAUUUUCAAGGUGUCGGGGUCAGUCUCGUGAGCAUGGACAGAACAGCAGAGGAGGAUUACACAAGCUCGGAUGGAGAAGGUUCUGCCUCUGGAGAGGACGAGGAUAUGGGCACAGGAGAGAAACCAGGGGAUUUGUUGAUGUCAGUUUGCUGCAGCGAUGAGUUCUGCGAUGGUAAUAAAGAGGACAGGAUCUUUGCUGAGGGACAACCUCUGGCCCCAGAGGGUGCUGAAAACCCUCAAGUUAGAAACGAGGAACAAGGUGAGAGUGAGAGUGAGAGCGAUGAGGAGGUGUCCUAUUUUGGGCAAGUCCCUGAACGUGGCAGUGAGGUGAUGAUUAAAGGUGAUGGGAUUGAAGACGAUGAGCGAAAAAGUGAAGAAGACGAGCAAGAGGACUCAUCUGAUUCCGAGUGUGAGAGCAUGAAAGUCGAACAAGAAGAAAAUGUUUUUGCUCAGUGCCUUGAGCAGGAGGUUGAAAGUCCUUUCAGAGGUGACCCUGCGACAACCGGUCUGGAGUUUCCAGAAAUCUCGGAGCAAAAUCUGCAGGUUCUUGUAGCUGAAGUCGACAGUGAGGUGAAAAUGAAGGAUUUCUCCGAGGAGGAACAUCAAGAGGCAGGUGAGAGUUUUGCAGAUUAUCCCUCAGACUUCUCCUCGUGUGAAUUUGUAGAGGAUGGAGUCAAAAGUCAAGCAAGUAAUUCCCUGUCAAGCGCCUUGCCUCGUGCAUCCGACAGCUGUUCAAAUGCAAAGCAGAACGUAUGUCUGGAAGGAGCUGUGACAGAUAUAACGUGGAUGGGAACGGAGGAGGAUGCUGAUGAGCAGGGAGACCUGUAUUUGUCCAGCAGUGAUUUGGAGACGGAGGCUGUUGAGUCUAGGAGUUUCCAGGAGACAGCUGGAGAAAAGGACAAAGGACAAACAGACAUUGUUGAGAAGAUGUUGGGGGAAGCAGCUGUGACAGUGUGUGAUGAUGAAGGUGAGACAGGUGAGAGUGACUCCUAUAGCUCCAGUGAUGAUGAUGAUGAUGAUGAUGAUGAGGUGCAAGAGGGGAGGAGAGAGGAGGAACUCUUAACUCAUAUAUGCCCACAACACGACACCCUGCUUGACAGUGUGAGUAGCGCUGCGUUUUCCAGGUGGAGCAACUCUGAUGACCAACACAUCACAAACAACAGAGUGGAGCCAUCAGACUUCCACAUGAAGUGGGAUUUCGACGUGUCAAAAACUGCUUCCAUCCUGUUUGAAGACCCGUUAACCACAGAAGACACAGACAGAGCGGAAACGCUUCUUUUAGAUGUGAGUCAGCGUCCGGCAGAAGACGUCAGCAGCUACUCAGUGGUACAGAGGGAGAGUAGCAACAACACAAGCCCCUCUUACCAGGGAUCCCUGGAUGACAGCUUCUUCUUUAACACCGAACUCCAGGCCUCGGGGGUCACUGAGCUGGGGCCGCUGGGAGAAAACCUAUAUGAAGAGGAGAGGAGCUGGGAACAAGAGGAGGAGAGAAUCAAGGCUUUCUUCAAGUUUUACGAUGACAGCGAAGGGGAGGAUGAAAGAGAAGAGAGGCCGAUAAAAGUUCAGUUUUGUGCAGAUCCACUUUCCCAAGUCAUUCACUAUGAAACUGACAGCAGUGACAGAGAUUCACUCAGCAGCUCCACGGACAGGGAGGAGGACCUGAGCUCUGCAGAAACAUCUGAAGAGCCGAGGGACUCUGAUGACACGCUGCAAACGAUACCUGCUUGUGAUCCCCCAGACACUCGGACGCUGAGCGAGCUGGAGAACAAUCUCAGCAACACACACAUCUGUAGCAGAAAGUGUCUCUGCAUGCUGAAGUUGAUACUGAAGAUGGGCCUGGUGAUCGCGAUGGGGCUGCUGGUGUUCUGGUUGGCCACAGACCAACCAGACUGGCUCAGCCAAGCUUCCUUCUUCUAGGGCUGAAGCUCAUGUUUCGCCAUUAACACAUGUAAUAUUAUGCUUUAUCAUUUUAUCUCAUCUUAUGUGCUUACAAAUGAUGAACAAAAAAAUCUAAAGUGACAAUAUCAAUUUGUAGUGUAGUAGUCGUAGUGUAAAGUGGUAGAUCUAUUAUCUGUAAUAUGCAACACUGUGCUUAAUAAAGAUCUAUCUUUGUUUAAAA